UUUCGCUUAGUUGUGAAGACCGCGUUGAAGUUGUUAUUGGUAUUCAUUGAGUAUACGGAUCAUAAUGCCUUACUCUUGAUGACGGCAGUCACGAAUGUGGAUAAAGCUAACGGUCGACCCGAUUGGUUCGGUCUAAUGAAGGUAUUGAAUGAGAAGGAUAGCAAUGAUGUAGAAAUGUUAACGUACGGCAUGACCGUUAUCAACAAAACGCUGAAUGGAGUAUCAGAUCAGGACACUUAUUAUGACAUAGUUGAUGCAUUGGAAUCGCAAGGGUUGGAAGAUGCCAUGAAGCAUAUGGUACGUCUGGGACAUAAGGAACUGGUUGAUCAGUGCAAACUGUACGAAAAGGUUUUGAAACAAGAGGAUGAAUACGAGAGUAAUGAAGAGUCAAAUAUUGUGAAAAUGAGGCAAGUUUGCGAAAUUACUCUAAUUUUCCUGAAUCAGACGAAUAGCCCUCAGAUAUUGUCGAACGAUCGACGUGCCGUUAUGAGACGGCGGCAUCAAGAAUCGCUGGCAAGGCAGCAAGAGCAUCAAAACUUCCACAAGAUUAAUGCCAUCAAUAAUAAUAUCAACAGCAGCAUUGAUAAAAAUGAUAAACCUCUAACGAACGGUAUUCCGGAACCAAAUAAAAUCGUUCCACCGUGGAGGCGUAAAAUGUCCGAAGAGCCGCCGAAUAUUGAGGUGGAGAAGAAAAAUGAUGCGAAUAACAAUGUGCCAUCUCAACCGGCAAAAGAAGUCGAAUCUCACAGUGUUGCUCCACAACCAGCCCAGGUUGUGAACAAACCUAAACCUCUCAACUUAGUAAACGGUAAUAAGGAAGAAGAGAAUAACGAAAAUGUGGAGCCAGAAAAACGGGUUCGCGCUCCUCCGCCGGCAUUUCCAGCAAUAUUCUCGCCGACUGAUAACAAGAAAAUCGAAUUCCCCGAGCCGAAGAAAGAGAAGCCGAAGGAACCCGAGCCAAAGCCAGCUACACCUGAACCAGCCAAACCGGCUCCUCCAAAAGCGAAGAUAAUCGAUGAUGACGAUGACGCGGGUGGUGGUAAUGCUUUUGCAGCACAGUUAAGACGUCGUGCCGCGAAACGAGAGCAAGCAGUUGCCCCUACUUUCGAGCCAAAACUCAGUGAAUCGGAAACGCAAUGGAAAAAGGCAGCUGAAAACUUCAAAUCAAAGCCGUUAAUAAUCAACGAUUUGGACUUCUCUGAAUUUCACAACGAUGAAUUUGAGCAAGAUCCGCUUGUAAUGGCACGAUUAGCCGUUAUCGCUCAAGAGAAAGGCCUUAUACCGGGAUCUGGUGGCGGUGCUCCACCACCUCCAAAAUUCCCUGGCGGACCACCUCCAGCCCCACCUCCAUUGCCUGGAAUCGGCGGUGCUCCUCCUCCUCCGCCAUUGCUUGCGCCUAAUGCAGGUAAUCGAGGACGUGAUAUUAGUCCAGGUACAUCCAAAACGAGUACACUGAAAUUGCACUGGAAACCGGCGCAAGCGGAACCGCCUCCAGUACCCGCACUGAAAAACAAAGGAUCAUUCUGGCAUAAACUCGACUUACCGCCGAUUGAUACCAACAAAUUAGCGCAACUGUUCGAGCAACGAACCAAGGACAUAGCACCGAAGAAAACCAACGGUGAACACAAGCCACAGGUUCUGCAAGUUCUUUCGUUGAAACGCUCACAAGCCAUCAAUAUCGGUCUCACGAAGUUGCCACCAAUCAAUGUGAUCCCUACUGCGAUUAUGAAAUUCGAUUCACUCGUACUGAAUAAAGAGGGAAUCGAAAAGAUUCUCGCAACAAUGAUGCCAAGCCCAGCGGAAAUUGAGGCUAUCGAAAUUAAAUCUGCCGAACAUCCCGAUAUGCCACUGGGACAAGCCGAACAAUUCAUGUUGAAGCUAUCACAAAUACCGUGUCUUUUGGAACGACUUCGAUUGUGGUCAUUCACUCUCGAUUAUAAAAACUGUGAAAAGGAUAUCGCCGAACCAUUGAUGGAUUUGCAAUUGGCCAUGAAAGAAAUUGAAGACUCGAAAACGUUCAGAACCGCGAUGGGAAUAUUGUUAACGAUCGGAAACACCCUCAAUGGCACUGAUGUAAGCCAUAGAAACUUCAGAGAUCACUUCAUUUCAGAUGAUAACUAA